GAGGGAAUCAGCUUCAUUCUCUCUGGAAUUCCUCCUCUAUCCCAGUGUCUACAGGUUCAGGAGACGGUCUGGGUAACAUGAAUCUCUUCUGUUUCUCGCUGGAGGGCUCAAUGGAUAGUCUCUACGAGCCAGUCCAGGAGCCCCAUGAUGCCCUGGGUUACACAGUCCACAGCAGACCCAGCAGCCCAGCGGCACACCCCGAGGAGAUGCCCACAUGGGGUGGGCCGGAGCGAUCCAUUUCAUUGGAUUUUUCUCAAUCCCGCAGUAUGGGUUUAAAAAAGAAGAAAAGGAAAACGCCGAUCCAGAAAUCUGUGUCUCAGAAUGAAUCUUUAGAUAACACGGAGUGUAAUACUCUGCUCUGGAAGACUUCCACAAAGAAAGGGAAUGGUCUAUCGAGCCAUGGAAAGAACUGUCUUCAUGAAGACUUGGUGGAAGAUUACUUCCUGGCUGAUUUCUUGAAUGCUGAAGACAGGGUGAAGGAGAGCCAGGCCCAGGUUCUGAGCUAUGAUGCCUGGAUUCCAAACUGGGACCACAGUGACAGCAAACAACAGCAGCACGAGAUGGCUGCAGUGGCGGAUGAGGAAGAGACUGAAUCCAGGGGAACAUUGAAGAGGCUGCAGAAGCUGGUCCGAGUGAAGAGAAGCAGUCUGUGCAGCCCUGAUGAGGAGGACAAGAACACUGCUGUGACGAGCACACGCGUUCAGGAUGCAGUCUUUGUGGAGGACAGUCCUGUCUUAUCCUGCAUAAAGCUACUGAAGAACCAGGAGAAGAAGCAGAGCAAAGCAGAGCCUCCACCGCGGCAGAGCCAGGACAACGAGCCGAGUGCAGAGUUCACAUGGAACUCCCUGGACAGGACGUACCGUCCGGGGUGGAGCAAUCCCACAGAGUACCCCCUGCCCUGGCACCACAGCUACCACACGUGCCAGAGGAUCAUCCCCGAGCACCGGGUGUACGGAUACGACUUCACCCUGCCCAGAUCAAAGGACUGGGACCAGGCUGAGUGCUGUGCACACGAUCCAGCCCUUCCGAGGGCUCCACGCUCAGCCACUGAUGUGGAUCUCUGGGAUUCAAAGCGCUCCAGCAGCUUUGGGAGAUUUGACGCUUUCAGACAACAUUCAUCAGCACAGCCUGCACCAGAAGACAACUCGGAGAGCAGUGCUGCUGAAGGAGAGUGUGAAGCGGAGGCCUGCGAUCAGAGUCACAACAAACCCUCCAGUAAUACAAGCAUCGGCAAGAAGAUGAGGGCCAUUUCUCUGACCAUGCGCAGGAAGAUGGGCAGAAAGUACAGCAAAGCAUUCACAGAGGAAAUGGGUGAAGACACAGAGCGAGACUGCGAGACCCACGAGGGUGAUCACAGGCACGGCCAGCACUCAGAGAAAGCCUCUAUGAAAGCCAGCGACUCCAUGGAAAGCCUGUACAGUGGCAGGAGCUCCUCCAGUGGGGUCACCAGUGGCUCGGAUGGAUCCAGUAACCGGGACAGCAUUCGACUGGAAGAGGACGUGCCGUACUGUGGGCCCUUCUGUGGGAGCUGCCGAGUUCACACUGAUUUCAUCCCCAGCCCGUACGACAGCGACUCCCUCAAACUCAAGAAAGGAGAUGUUAUUGAAAUAAUCAGCAAGCCUCCGAUGGGAACGUGGACAGGCAUGCUCCACAACAAAGUGGGCAGCUUCAAAUUCAUAUACGUGGACAUGAUCCUGCAGAAAGAGGAGGUGGAGCAGGAGAGGAAGAUCCGACCCCACAGGCGAAGCAAGAGGCCCCGGCCCAAAACCCUGCUGGAAAUGCUGGAGAGACUGGACCUGAAGGAAUACGCCUCGUCUCUCCUCCUCAAUGGCUAUCAGACCGUGGAUGACCUGAAGGACCUGAAGGAGAAGCACCUGAUUGAGCUCAACGUGUCCGACCCCGAGCACAGAGCCAGGCUGCUCGCUGCAAUAGAGAACCUGGCAGGGAUAGAGCAUGACAAUGAGCAGGAAAGCGAACAGCUGCAGGUUCCUCAGACGCUGGGCUCUAACCUCAGACUCGAGCCGUCCCAUCUGAAUGAAUGCCCCAGAGACUCUGGCUGUUACAUCACAUCCGAGAGUUCAGAUAACGGCAGAGAGGAGCUGGACAGGGAACCCCUCCCGGGGCUGCAGAGAAACCCAUUGCAGUGCCCUGAUUCUACUCUUCAUGAUCUAUCUGGAGAUUAGGGGACGCAGCGCUGCUCCCUCCCUACAGAGAAACCCAUUGCAGUGCCCUGAUUCUACUCUUCAUGAUCUAUCUGGAGAUUAGGGGACGCAGCGCUGCUCCCUCCCUACAGAGAAACCCAUUGCAGUGCCCUGAUUCUACUCUUCAUGAUCUAUCUGGAGAUUAGGGGACGCAGCGCUGCUCCCUCCCUACAGAGAAACCCAUUGCAGUGCCCUAAUUCUACUCUUCAUGAUGUAUCUGGAGAUUAGGGGACGCAGCGCUGCUCCCUCCCUACAGAGAAACCCAUUGCAGUGCCCUGAUUCUACUCUUCAUGAUCUAUCUGGAGAUUAGGGGACGCAGCACUGCUCCCUCCCUGCAGAGAAACCCAUUGCAGUGCCCUGAUUCUACUCUUCAUGAUCUAUCUGGAGAUUAGGGGACGCAGCGCUGCUCCCUACAGAGAAACCCAUUGCAGUGCCCUGAUUCUACUCUUCAUGAUCUAUCUGGAGAUUAGGGGACGCAGCGCUGCUCCCUACAGAGAAACCCAUUGCAGUGCCCUGAUUCUACUCUUCAUGAUGUAUCUGGAGAUUAGGGGACGCAGCGCUGCUCCCUCCCUAUAGAGAAACCCAUUGCAGUACCCUGAUUCUACUCUUCAUGAUCUAUCUGGAGAUUAGGGGAUGCAGGGCUGCUCCAUACAGAGAAACCCAUUGCAGUGCCCUGAUUCUACUCUUCAUGAUGUAUCUGGAGAUUAGGGGACGCAGCACUGCUCCCUCCCUACAGAGAAACCCAUUGCAGUGCCCUGAUUCUACUCUUCAUGAUGUAUCUGGAGAUUAGGGGACGCAGCACUGCUCCCUCCCUACAGAGAAACCCAUUGCAGUGCCCUGAUUCUACUCUUCAUGAUCUAUCUGGAGAUUAGGGGACGCAGCGCUGCUCCCUCCCUACAGAGAAACCCAUUGCAGUGCCCUGAUUCUACUCUUCAUGAUCUAUCUGGAGAUUAGGGGACGCAGCGCUGCUCCCUCCCUACAGAGAAACCCAUUGCAGUGCCCUGAUUCUACUCUUCAUGAUGUAUCUGGAGAUUAGGGGACGCAGCGCUGCUCCCUCCCUACAGAGAAACCCAUUGCAGUGCCCUGAUUCUACUCUUCAUGAUCUAUCUGGAGAUUAGGGGACGCAGCGCUGCUCCCUACAGAGAAACCCAUUGCAGUGCCCUGAUUCUACUCUUCAUGAUCUAUCUGGAGAUUAGGGGAUGCAGCGCUGCUCCCUACAGAGAAACCCAUUGCAGUGCCCUGAUUCUACUCUUCAUGAUGUAUCUGGAGAUUAGGGGACGCAGCACUGCUCCCUAUGAGGGAAGUAAUGCAAAGCAAACUUUUUUGAUGGAGCUAUCUUUUAGUAGGAUCAGAUGAAUAAGUAUACAAAGAUACACUGGCUUUGAGACCCGGCAGGUCUCCUCUUCAGGUGAGAAGUGGAAAGCUUUGUAUUUUCUACCCAUCUUCAGCCGAUCCUAUUAAAAGGUAUCUCUAAACCCUCAUUGUUGUAGCUCUUUAUUCCAGUACUGAUGGGAUGCAGGACGGUCGUUUCUGUUGAGACAUUGUGGUUUGUCGAUUUCAAAUUGUAAAUACUGUCGAUUGCAGUUCUUUUUCUUUUGAUCUGUUCAUUGAAGACCGUGGAUCUCGGUUUCUGUUAGUUUUUUUCUUCAAGGUCGAAGUGCAGUUUUAUGAAUCCAGGUGCAAAGGUUUUGUUGUUAAAGGUCUUGUAAGUACAUUAUAACUCUGCAUAAUUACAUUGUAACUCUGCAUAAUGACACUGGAAUGAUGUGUAAGUACACAUGCAUUUACUGUAACUACUAUGGAAAUACAUACAUAAUGUAAAGUGUUACCCUUUGCAUCAUGCAAAAUCUUACCAAUAAUAUAUAUAUAUAUUUAUAAUUGGUAAUUAGUCAUUCUUGUUAGUGCUGUUGAUUGUGUUUUCUUCUUUCUGAAGCAAUGUCUCCAGAUCUUCACACUUUCAGUAAUGUAUAAUUCUAUCUGCAUGGGCACGGUUUAUGUCAGUAUUUGUGUGUGAAGUUGUAGAUUCCAGUAACUGCACGUAUUUGCAUUAAGAUAACAGCGUUCAAGCUACAUCCUAAGUAUGUACUUUGUGUGCUGUGCGUCGUUCUGUUUCUAUCAUUUGAUGUAUUCUGGUUUGUUGUUGAAAUUAAAUAAAAUGUUUUUUUUUCUCAAAUGAAAUGUCAGCAGCAAUACAUUAUUGACAUCUUGCUUCUCGCUCUUUACAAACACUCGUGUGCGGAUUCCUUCUUUCCUGCAGUGACUAAUCAUAGCUGCUGCAGCUGCCAUUGCAGAAGCACUGAAACACACUGUUAGUGGAGCGUGCUGUAGAGAGGUCUGGCAUAGCAAUCGAUAACAUGUGGAAGGUGUU